AUGGCGGCGAAUGGUGUGAACCUUACCCGGUUACUCGAAUUCUCUGAGCGGGAUGAAUUAGUGCGUAAAGCUGGACUAUUGCCUAUUGUGAUACCUGAGGAUAUCUUGAGGGACCAGGUACUAAACCCUAACUACGUCCCCAAAGACCUCCCGACCCAACUACUGGUCAUCACCUGGUUAUGCAUCUUUAUCCCGCUGGUAGGCGUGGUACUCAGAUUUCUGGCAAGAUUCGGAACUGCAACACGUCUUGGACUUGACGACUGGUUUUCGGCGAUAACAUGGGUCGUGGCUGCAGCAUUCGGAUCGACUACUAUACUAGCGGCCAAAAUGAGUGGGAUAGGACGACAUAUCUGGUUUGCUACUGACGGAGAACUCGACUUUGGGUAUAUGCCUAUGGAAUCACCUCAUUCUUCCUUCACAUGA